AUGAAGAUAGAAGAUAGUGUUGCCGCUGUGGUGGUUGCUCAAUUGCUGUUUCUCGAAGCCGAAAAUCCCGAAAAACCCAUUAGUUUAUAUAUCAAUAGUCCUGGUGGUAGUGUUACUGCUGGAAUGGCUAUUUAUGAUACUGUAAGUUUAUGGAUUCAAAUGAACGGUAAUAUUAUAUUCGCGUUGAUGGGCAGCAUGUAUGCAAAUGCAUUACUUAAAAUCCACGUUCAACUUUCAAAACCGCUAUCUAGUAUAUCCAAUCUCCUGUAUCAACGCUUUGUAAUGGUCAAGCAUGCUCAAUGGGCUCACUACUUUUGGCCUCUGCCAAUCGGUGGUACUUCGGGUCAAGCAAGUGACAUAGCCAUUCAUGCAAGAGAGAUUCUAAGAGUGCGGGAAAGACUAAAUAAAAUUUAUCAAAAGCACACUAAUAAACAUACCUUGGAUGAAAUUGAAAAGGCAGUCGAGAGAGAUUAUUUUAUGACUGCGCAAGAAGCAUUGGAGUUUGGUUUGGUGGACAGAGUUCUAGAAAAGAGGGAGAUUAAAGGAGCUGAUUCAACCGCUUAA